UUUUCUCAAGUUACAAUGACCGGUAUUCAAAUUGCAAACGUGUCCGACGCGCGUCUUUAUAUUUCACAUCACACCUUGCCUUUUGCCGCUCCACAAAUGAUCCACAACCCCAAGAACGAGUUCGAUACCUUAGCCAUGGAACUUCACCCGACCUCUUCACUUCCAGGCUUUGAUGACGUGGGAAGGAAUUGGUUUGUGCACUGUCAUAUGCGAACGUUUACGUUGAAUUUUCAAUUUUUCAUUGAAGAUUUCGAAAAGGAUGUUGAAAAGUCAUCCCAAAUUCGGAUUUAUCUGUUGAUUUUUUGCUUUUAUUUAUUUAUCCCAGAUGAGAGAGAUGAUUCUUCUGUGAUGGUUGAGAAAGAUGUUACGGAAUCAGUUUCAAGCUUACCGAAAGAUUUGCAAACUAACAGAGGUAGGGAGAAUGUUGUGAAGGCUGAACCUACGCGACAGAUUGAUAUGGCUGGGGAAAUUAAUAUGGAGGCUUCCAUGUCGGCUGAUGAUGUUUUACGGGCUGGAGGGUUUGGUGCGAGGGAUGAAAUUGGUAGUUUUCUUCCUGUUGCAAGCGAUUCUACUGACUUUGAGGCUACGAUUCUCAAUGCUCGAGACUAUGAAGGGCCACAGGGGGAAAUUUCUAGACCAGGUCUUGGGUGGAAAGAAGCUACAAAAACUGAGUAGUUCUGCUUUGAGCAUUUUGUUUUUGUUCAACUUCAGUCAUUUGUAAGUAUGGUUUGUUUACUAGGUCUGUACAGGAUUGUGUUUUGAAUAAAUAUAGAUCAUGAUCCAUUGGGAUCCAA